AUUUGAAUGUGCAUGCACACAGAUUUAAGCUUGUGUCUGUCGUAUUUAAUAUGAAAACAGCUGCUCAGUGCGUUAGAGUUGUCACCAUGGGUGACGAAAAAAUAUUGCUCGCUGUGUGUGAGGUGUAAAGCAACUCUGGUAGUGAUGGUGCUCUUCUUUGUGUUAUUAUUGUAGACGAAGCCCAAAUAAAAGAAAAGGAAAUUGCAAAAUAUUUAUAAUAAAGUUAAUAUAUUGAACGCAAAGUGAAAAUUGGAAUAGAGACUGAAGAAAUAGUGUAUAAAAAAGCUCGUAAAUUGUAUUUGGCUGAAAACCUAAUGCGCGCUGUUGAUUGGCGUCGCUCCAAAUUCUCAAAAUUUACUGUUGAUCCGCAGACAGAGUUGGGCAUAAUGGACAACGAAGCAUGUGCGUCUGUUGAAAAGGAACUCGAUCGUGUGGUGACCAAGCUGGAGCAGCUUCAUGAGAAUUCAGCUGCCGAAAUUGGAGACAUUGCAUCGCUUAUGUCGGAGCUGGUCAAUGUGUUGGGUAUGGCAGAAAAGAUGGGGGUCAACACGCUGAAUACUGGAACGCAGAUGAAUGCACCUGAAACCAGCAGCACCGACGAUCCCAUGGGCGAUGGCAUCAACAUGCAAGUGGAGACAGAGCCAUCGGCACCGCAGCGUCUUAACGAUAGCCAAAUAGAGAGAAUCAGAGAGGCGAUCUCCCAGUGUAACGACCGCGUUCAGAAGCUAUCAACGGAACAUCGUGAGUUGCACGGCUCUGUUUCAAAGAUUGGCAAGGCCAUCGAUCGAAACUAUAGCUCGGACUUCAGUUCCACGAUGCGCGUGGACGCACUUCAGGACGAGGAGAACUUAAUGCUACUGAAUAAGGCCAUUGCCAAACAUUACUGCCGUCAGGGAAUGGAUGAGGUGGCACGCACCCUCAUUAAGGAGUGCAAAAUGAGCGAAGAUCAUGCCCAGGAUGUGUUCGACUCGGAGCGUGAGUUUGCUGAAAUCUACAACAUCUGGAUACAGAUACAGAAACGCGAACUUGGCGAUGCCCUGAAAUGGGUGGUGCGACAUUCGAGUCAACUGAUGGAGCGUCAUUCGGUCAUCGAAUUCCGUCUCCACCGAAUGCGCUUUAUGCAGCUUGUGUCCUACGGCUUAAAAUCGCAGAACGAAGCCAUCAUGUAUGCCAGGACUAAUUUUCAAAAGUUUGCCGUACGCUAUGAGCACGAGAUUGCCAACUUGAUGGCCAGCUUUAUAUAUCUACCCGGUGGUCUGGAGAACACUCCUUAUAGGAUCUUCCUAUCGCAGGAGAUGUGGACUGAGCUGUCGUUCACAUUCCUCAAGGACGCCUGCCAGCUGCUGGGAAUCAGCAAAAAUUCAGCUCUUUCGGUUGUGGUCAACGCUGGAUGCACUGCGUUGCCCGCCCUGCUGAACAUCAAGCAGGUGAUGCAGUCGCGCCAGGUGCUGGGCAUGUGGAAUGGCUGUGAUGAGCUGCCAAUUGAGAUAGAUCUACAGCCGGAGUUUCGGUUUCACUCGAUAUUCGCUUGCCCAAUCCUACGUCAGCAGACCACUGAGGAUAAUCCACCGAAGAAGCUGACCUGUGGUCAUGUCAUCUCAAACGACGCCUUGCAUAAGCUCAGCAAUGGACACAUACUCAAAUGUCCCUAUUGUCCCGUCGAGCAGAAUGCCGAGGAGGCUGUUCGUAUCUACUUUUAAACAUAGUCCUUAAUUACCAUUAAUAAUAACAAAACACAAUGUGAGCCUGCCUGUGAGAAGAACAGAGAAGGAUGACGGAUGACUGGCUGAUAUGCUGACCGGCUGACCGGGAGGGAUUAUAAUGUUAAUUGGCAGCUUUCCUUUAACCAUAAAAGUAAUCUGCAAUUGACAGCUCGUUUAGACAGCUCUUUAGAUAAAUUGGCAAAAGUGUAGUUGAACUUCGUGCGUCGAAGUAAUGAUCCUAACAAAAACCUUAUAUAAAUCCCCUAGCUCUUAAAAUAUAAGUACAUAUAUUAAUAUUAAUAAAUAAACAUUUAUCUGUAUUAUGA